UGUCACAAGAGUGGAAAGGUGACACUCCACGAGAGGUGACAGCGCAGGAACGUUCGUGUGUACAGAUUCCAUGUCAUUACAGUUACCCAUCACAUUUGUUAGAGAAAACACGUGUCGGAAUCUGGAAUAUGAGAAGGUACAAAUGGAGAAGAUCGUCUAUAGCCUCUCACUCCAAGGAUCACAAUCACGAGUUACCACGGUUCCACCAUCGGACCCGGCUGUCUGGAGACCUGAAAGAUGGCGACUGUUCCCUGAUUAUAAACAACAUCAGACGGGGAGAUGCAGGAUAUUAUUUUUUCAGAAUAGAAUUUGACAAUGGUCCGAGCCAUAACUAUUACCCUGAAACCCAGCUUCACGUUUCUGUUGGACAGUCACAAGAGUGGAAAGGUGACACUCCACGAGAGGUGACAGCGCAGGAAGGCUCGUGUGUACAGAUUCCAUGUCAUUACAGUUAUCCAUCGUGUCUGGAAAACCAACCACGAGGUGGAGUCUGGUUUAAUAAUGAGGAAUGGAUUCCCUGGGCUCCCAUAGCCUUUCACUCCAAGGAUCACAAUCACGAGUUACCACGGUUCCACCAUCGGACCCGGCUGUCUGGAGACCUGAAAGAUGGCGACUGUUCCCUGAUUAUAAACAACAUCAGACGGGAAGAUGCAGGACCUUAUUAUUUCAGAAUAGAAUUUGACAGCAGUAAUAGUUACAGCUACUAUCCUGUAACCCAGCUUCACGUUUCUGAUUUCACAGAUAAACCCACGAUAUUCCCUGCUGAAAUUAUUGCAGGAAAGCGUGUGGAUGUAAGCUGCACCUUCAACACAACGUGCAAUGGAACAGCAGCACCUGUCUUAACCUGGGACACUCCCACUGACGUACCUGGAUCAGUCUCAAACACUGUAACUCAGCAUGGUGUCACUCUGACCUAUACUUCUGUUCUGACCCUCAUCCCAUCACUCAAACACCACGGACACACUCUCAGCUGCAGAGUGAGAUAUCCAUCUGUUUCAUCGGAGCGGACCCUCGUACUAACUGUGCAAGGUAGAGACUCCAGUAAAUGGACAGUAGGAUUGCUCACGGCUGGGAUCAUGUUGAGUGUUUUCCUGGCUGGAAUCUUCAUCUUCAUCUGUGUGAGAAGGAGAAAGAAAGCGACGCAGGAGAGAGUUUCAGGGACCAGAGACAUUGCAUUGACCCCCAGUCCACUCUCUGUGAAGCACCAGGGUAAACAGAACGUGCUGAUUACUGAGCCCCGAAACACAACCAGAGACACAACUAGAGACGGGGAGAACCCAGCUCCCCGGGAUCUCUCUGAAGGUGCAGUUGGAGGCGAUGCUGGACAUGGGAACCCCGACAAUCCUGACGACUUUCUCUACGCCAAUCCCCAAGUCUUCAGGGUGCCCAGUGGUGAUGGGACUGUCCACAGGGAAGAGGAGACGGAAUACGCACAGAUCAGAUUCAAGCGAAACUGAGUGUGAAACGGGAAGAGGGGGUGAGGAGGUUUGUGGGUGGGGGCAGGGAUUAUGAUUCCUUGGAACAUGAGACAACCCACUGGGGGAGAGGGGGAGAGAGGGAGGAAGGGACUGAAUGGGUCUGUGGUUGGUGUGGUUUGGAAUGAAAUGUUUUCCCAGUGACGACUUGAUGCUGAGUCAUUGGGGACAGAGAUUCAGUGUCUCUCUCUCUCUCUCACUGUCUCUCUAUCUCUCUCUCCUUCUCUGUUUCUCUCUCUCUGUC